AUGGCUGCGUUACUUGCAGUGCUCAGCGUAUUCCAGUUGGGCGCGGCAUCUCCUCUCGAAUACAUUGUGGAUGUAGAUAAUGGGAAACUUGGCAAUCCACUGUUUGCAGCCGCGUACUAUCGCAAGAUCCGUUCCCCUUUGUUUCCUCGUGUGGGAAAACGAAUGACCGAUCCGGAUGAGUAUGUGAGCAGCUCCCAGUUAAUCCAAGGCCUCCCGGUACGGAUGGCUCUACAGUAA